ACGAACAAGAAUUCACGAAGCUCAGACUUCUUCAACCCUACUACUACGCUAGCGGGAGACUUGUAGCAAACGUCGUUGCCCUCCUCCAGUUUCCAAAGUUAGAGAUGAGUCUGGAGUUGUGGUAAUGAGUGUUCGGUCCUGAUUUGGGGUGGUGUCUUCGACGUGUUUGUCGAUUUCCUUUUCCCCUCCAGACUGUGUUGGCCUUGUUCUCGACGCUUGCUCUAAGAAGACGAAGAAGACCUGACAACCAUCGUUCUGUUUGCUCCACAAGCAUUGUGAAGUUCUAGGUUUGCACUUGUUGCAUCGAGGUUGAGAACAUUGCUUUUCCAGUUUUGGUGUUGGUUGCUGCUGCCCGCAGUCAACUUCGUUGGCAGAGGUGAUAAGUGCUUUUGAGGUAGAGAGGAGGGAGGGUGGGAGAGAGAGCGAGGGAGUGAGCGAGAGAGAGAGAGAGAGAGAGAGAGAGAGAGAGUGAGAGUGCAAGGAGAUGGAGGUGGCAGGCACGCCAACAUCGAAUCAGGUUGGCUCGAAAGAGCAGAGUUUUGAGUCAACAGUACCAGAAGGUUCGUCGCAAAGUCCUCGGGAUCCCUUAAGGCCAUCUAGCGAUGGGAAAUUUUGGAGCUGGAGUACAUUCACAAACAGAGCUAGGGCAGUGUUCCUGGAAGAUGGGGUUCCCACUUCUGUACAAACUGUCAACGGAUCUAGGAAUGCUGUAGAAAGUCCUUCCAAAGUUGAACAGGCUCCUGAUGUGAAGCAAGCCGUGGGAGGAAGUGCGGUGAAGGGAUCAGAAGGGCCGAUAUUGCAAAAAGGCUUGGAUGCUAUUGCUUCCUCUCUGAGUCUUUUAGGUGAUACACUUGGGACUGCCAUCGAGGAGGGAUUGAACAUGGUGGAAACAAAAGCCACUGAAAUUCUGACACCAGAGACACGAACUAGUGCUGUGCGAAAAAGUGUGCCUCUUUGGAAGAAGUCGCCUUCUAUCAGUCCUUCUGUUUCUUUGCGAGUUUCAGGCGAGAAAUCUGAUGGGGCUGGGAAAGCUGACGAAUCAGGUCUACCUGGAGAUAUACAAUUAAAAGCUUCUCGCGACGUAGCAAUGGCUAUGGCAUCGAAGGCAAAGAUGCUGUUACGGGAGUUAAAAACUGUGAGGGGAGAUUUGACGUUUCUUAGGGACCGUUGUGCACAACUUGAAGAAGAAAACCGGCGACUACGCGAGAGCGUGGUUAAGGGGACAAGACCAGAUGAGGAUGAUCUGGUGAGACUUCAACUUGAAACUUUGCUCGCGGAAAAACAGCGUUUGCAACAAGAAAAUGCAAAUUAUGCUAGAGAAAAUCAGUUUUUGCAUGAAGUCGUGCAGUAUCACCAGAUCGAGUUCAAUGAAGAUGAAUUGAGCGUUGAUGGGCCAGAUGGUUUUGACAUGAACGAUGAAGAAGUUGACCAGAUGGUGACAAUGGGAGUGCCUAUGAGGAGGAACUAGGAGGAUAGUUCCAUCAUAUUUGUUUUGUGCUGUGAAGCUGCGAAUGACCUGAUAUUCGUCAUUUCUUUCUUUACCAGACUCCAGUCCGUACAGAAUUUUCAUUUUAUGUGGCAGGCGGAAGUAGCUUCUGCUAAGAUUUAGCAACUUAGUUUGAAUUAGUCCACAGUACUUAAGGUGUAGUUUCGAGUAUUGAACUGGAUGGAUCCAUUGGGACUGUUACAAACAUCUACUCGGUUCCAGCAAUGAAGUGUACUAUAGGCAGCUUAAAUUUUGCUCAUUGUUGAGACCCUGAGUGAACAAAAAAGUGGUCUUACUGCUACUUGUGGGGGCUUCACCUUUUGCUUAACAUGUCUUUCGCUUUGAAAGAUGCGACCUGUACGCUAUGAAACACCAAAAAGUGGA